GGCUUUUCUUCUGCGCUGGGUACUCCUCCGCUUCAUCCGUAGGUUGCGAUUGCUACGUGGUUUCCUUCCUUCAUCCUCUGUUCUCACUCGUUUCUCAUGAAAAAAAUGGAAUUCCGAGUAUUGCAGAUGAAGAAGAGAAGGACGCAAGAGUCGGACGAGAUCAGCGAGUUACCUGGGCACAUCACAGACUUAAUCCUGUCGCGCUUGCCUAUUAAGGACGCAGUGAGGACUAGCAUCUUGUCGAGAAAGUGGAGGUACAAAUGGUCUUCUCACUCCAUACUGGCCCAGUACAGAACUUCCGUGCUUUCGCACACUGGAUUUCUCACCAAGGGCGACAUUGACCCCUGGAUUCUUCAUCUAUCCAGAGGCUGCAUAAGAGAAAUUGCACUCUACGUUUGCAACGGGGAGAAAUACAAGAUCCCCACCUCCUUAUUCGAUUGCCGGGACUUGAUUUGUUUGACACUCUAUGGCUGUUUGGCAAAAAUCCCGUCUUCGUUUGAAGGAUUCAAGAACUUGGAUGCUUUAUAUCUUGAGCAUGUCGAGCUGUCUCCCCAUGGACUCGAGGCUCUGGCAUCUCGUUGUCCCCUACUUAAACAUUUGACUUUGAAGAAUCUAGAGGGGAUUACGCAAGUUACCAUCGAAGCUCGCAACCUUGAGUCGCUCUACAUUGGCGGAGCUUUUCUAGAUGUCACUUUCGGUGUUAUGAAUAGUUUGAAGUCGGUUAGGGUAGGUUUCAAUAAUAAUAUUAAAAACAGGCAGGAACCUAACAAUGCCAAUUCGAAUAAUUUGCAUGAAUUCUUCCGAGACAUUCACAAUAUUCAAAUUCUCAAGAUCGAAACUUACUCAUUGAAGUAUUUGGCUGUUGCAAAAGUUCCACAGACACUGUCUUAUGCAUUUGGUCAUUUGAAGUACCUCUCCACAUGCAUAGACUUCAAUAGUAAAGAGGAGAUUUUGAAUGUAAUGUGCUUAAUCAGAAGCUCUCCUCAGUUGCAAAAAGUAGAGUUUCAGAAUCGUUCCAAGAAUCAACAGACUAAGUGGAUCAACUUUUGGAAAGACCACCACUUGUGUUGCCUGGAGCAAGUACAAGAAGUAACGAUGGACGUUAUUUAUGGCACCGAGCCAGAGAUGGAAUUUAUAGAGUUUCUACUUGCUAGCUUGCGGAACCUACAAACAAUGACGUUCCGACUUGACGUCGAGAUUGGAGAAAUGGAGGUGCUGAUAGAGAUGAAUUAUUUCCGGCGAGCCUCACCACAAGCAAAGGUGUUUGUUCUCUAAUUUAGGAGUGAGCAUGGUUCUAGGUUCCAAGGUUUG